AUGUCGUCGACCGAUACUCCAAACACCUUCCGGCCUUCCAUCACCUCCCGCGAGCUCGCCGCCGUCGAUGGCGUCCUCCAGGACAUGUCCCAGACCGAGAAUGCGCCCAUCUCCGUCAACGCCGUCCCGGGGAUCGACAUCUCUCUGCCUGAAAUCGGCUCUCCCCCCGCAGUCUUCAAGGCUGGGGGCACGAUGCUCAAGGAGUUUGAUCAGUCCACGGCGACAAGCCGGAUCAUGUCCCAAGCAUCCACCCCUCCGCGGUCUGUCGUCGGGAUCGGCGGCAAGGUCGGCAAGCCUGACUAUUCCGAGGCCAAGAUCGUGCUUGCCAUGGUCGGCCUGCCCGCCCGUGGCAAAUCCUAUCUGAGCAACAAACUCAUGCGAUACCUCAAGUGGUUGGAGUAUAACGUCUUCAAUGUCGGCCAGCUUCGCCGCUCUCGCGCCCGCCAGAAGGCACAGCAGAGCGGCAAACGCGAGGACCACACGGCCUCGUACUUUAGCCACGAUAACUCCGAAGCUACCAGGAUCCGAGAAGAGCUGGCCAACGACAGUCUUGAGAUGCUCAUCAAGUGGCUCAAGGACGGGGGGAACGUUGGCAUCCACGACGCUACUAACAGUACGCGCAGCCGGAGGAAGAAGAUCGAAGAACGGGUCGCGCGCGAACCCGGUCUCGUCGUGAUUUUCCUCGAGUCCGUUUGCGACGACCCUGCUGUGAUCGCCGCCAACGUCGCACUAAAGGUAUCCUCUGGUGACCCGGACUACAAGGACAUGUCUCGCGAACAAGCCAAAGCCGACUUCGAGCGGAGGAUCCGAGAGUACGAGGCCGUGUAUGAGACGAUCACUGAGCCGCAUCUGUCCUGUUUGAGGAUCAAAAAUGUCGGCAACCAAGUGACUCUCUGCCACAUUCACGGUUAUCUUCAAAGUCGAAUCGCCUUCUACUUGAUGAACCUGCACCUCAAGCCCCGCAGCAUCUUCUUUUCUCGACACGGAGAAAGCCAGUAUAACGUCGAGGGCAAGAUUGGGGGCGACUCUUUGUUGUCCGAGCGCGGAUUGAAGUAUUCCAAAGCGUUGCCUCGACUGAUCACUGAGAACAUCGGCGACGCGCCCUUGACGGUAUGGACUUCGACUCUUCAACGAACCAUCCAGACCGCGCAAGAGCUGCCGUAUAACAAGCUCACGUGGAAGUCGCUCGACGAACUCGACGCUGGAGUAUGCGACGGUAUGACAUAUGAAGAGAUCGAGCAAGCGUACCCUGAAGACUUUGCAAACCGUGACGAGGACAAGUUCAACUACCGCUACCGAGGCGGUGAAUCGUAUCGCGAUGUGGUCGUACGGCUGGAGCCCGUCAUUAUGGAGCUGGAGAGGCAAGAGAACAUCCUGAUAAUCGGCCAUCAGGCCAUUCUCCGGUGCUUGUAUGCGUACUUCCAUGAUCUUCCUCAGGCGGAUCUUCCAUACAUCAAGAUUCCUCUACACACCGUCAUCAAGCUGACGCCCAAGGCCUACGGUUGUGACGAGGAGCGCUACGCCGUGCCCAUCCAGGCGGUCGACACCCAUCGUCCGAAGCCCAAGGGUGGUGAGACGAACGCUCCAACACCCAACACCGCCCGUGAAUAUUUCUCGAAGGACAGGUAA